AUGGGGAAUUGACUUGACAAAAGUGAUACUAUCACCCUUGCAGCACGUAGAAAGAGGAAAAGUAAUAACACCAGCAUGAGUAUUGACAACCCAAAGAUCUCACUGAGAAAUUUCCGUAAGAAGGCCAAAAUUGGUAGUGAAAAAGAAGACACCGGUAAAAACUAUGCAAUGAAAGUGAUGCGACGGAGUAUGAAGUACAAGAAAGAUACACAUGAUAUCAAGAGUGAGAGAGUAAUAUUAGGAAAAAUGAGAUAUCCCUUCGUUGUUAGCCUCCACUAUGCCUUCCAACAGGAUUACAUCUUAUAUCUGAUCCUUGAACUUGCUAAUGGAGGCGAUCUCUUUAAUCAUAUUCAAAAGACCAAAGGACUCCCAGAAGAUCACUGUAAAUUCUAUGCGGCUGAAAUUUUGUGAGGGCUUGAUUUUCUACAUAAAAAUGGAAUUGUUUAUCGGAAUUUAAAACCUGAAGAUGUACUAUUAGAUAAGGAUGGGCAUAUAAAGCUCUCCGAUUUUGGCUUGGCCAGGUCUCUUGAAGAAAUUACCACUACUUUUUGUGGAGAUCCCUACUAUAUGGCACCAGAAAUAAUAACAGGAGAUAAACAAACAUAUGCAAUUGAUCUCUGGAGCUAUGGAAUAUUGCUUUAUGAAAUGAUAGCUGGUGAAGCUCCCUUCAAGGGAGAUUCUCCUAAAGGAAUUCUGAAAUCUGUCCUAACUAGCACCAUUUCGAUGCCAGACAAAUUUAGUGAAGAUGCUCGUGAUCUGAUCUGUCGGUUGCUAUCACCAAACCCAAAAGAUAGAAUUGGGAGUAAGGACAUAGACGAAAUCAAAACCCAUGAUUUUUUCAAGUGAAUAGAUUGGGAUAGGAUAGAAGAUAUGAAGUACCCAGUUCCUCACAUCCCAAGUGUUGUUUCAGACUCUGAUGUAUGAAACCUCGACAUGCUGGAUCACCAUGGUACUGUGGUAGACAAGACAUUCAACCAAUCAAAAUGAAAUAUAACAGAUGCUAAUAUUAGCAACUUCUAUUUUAACGUUCAUGAUUGUUUCGAUCAUUAA